AAUAAUUAUAGUUCCAACUAUUAGAUAAAAUUACAUAUAAAGUAUGUUGGUCUUACAAAACUUUAUAAAUGGAAAAUUUGUUGAUGGAAAAAAAUUUAUUGAUGGUUUUGAUCCCUCAAAUGGAAAAAUUUAUGCGCAAAUUCCAGAUAGUGACAAUGAAGAAGUAGAAAUGGCUGUUAAUGCUGCAAAAUCUGCAUUUUUGGGAUGGAAAACUUUUAGUUCUGAAGCCAGAUCAAAAAUAAUGCUCAAAGUGGCUGAUAUUAUUGAAAGCAGAAUAGAUGAGUUUGCCCUUGCAGAGUCUAAAGAUCAAGGCAAACCAGUUUGGCUUGCUAAGCAAGUUGACAUUACUCGUGUUGUUCAUAACUUUCGUUUUUUUGCCUCAGCUAUUCUACACACAUUAAAUCACUCAACAGAGCAACCUGAGUUUGAUGUUCUAAAUUACACUGUUAAUGUACCAUGUGGAGUAGUUGGUUUGAUAACACCAUGGAAUUUACCAUUGUAUUUACUUUCAUUUAAGCUAGCUCCUGCAAUUGCAUGUGGAUGUUGUGUUGUUGCCAAACCAAGUGAAAUGACUUCUGUAACUGCUUGGAUGUUGUGCAAUGUUCUUUCUGAAGCUGGAUUACCUCCUGGCGUUGUUAAUAUUGUAUUUGGCACUGGUAAACUUACUGGCAAUGCUAUUGUGACUCAUCCUGAAAUAAAAACACUAUCAUUUACUGGCUCCACUGUAACAGGAAAAUACAUUAUGGAAAAGAGUAGUUCUUUUAUGAGAAAAUUUUCUUUAGAGCUUGGUGGUAAAAAUGCAGCAGUAAUAUUUCCUGAUGCUAACAUAGAGAAAUGUUUGUUAACAUGUGUAAGGUCAGCUUUUACAAAUCAAGGCGAAAUUUGUUUAUGCACCAGUCGGUUGUUUGUUCAUCAAGAUAUCUUUAAAAUGUUUUGUGAGCGUUAUGUUUCUUUAAUAAGAGAGCUUAAAGUUGGAAAUCCAUGUGAUGCGUCUACAAAAAUAGGUGCUUUAGUGAGUAAAGAACAUUUAGAAAAGGUUAAGACUUACAUAAAAUAUGCAAUUGAAGAUGGUGGAACUAUAUUAUGUGGAGAAACAAUUGAUUGUCUGGAUUUGCCAGAAGAAAUUAAAGAAGGUUAUUAUUUUCAACCAACAGUUUUGGUAAAUUUAUCAGAUAUGUCAAGGUGUAUGCAAGAAGAAAUUUUUGGUCCAGUUGUUUGUAUUUCCCCAUUUACAACAGAAGAAGAGGUUAUAAGUCGUGUAAAUAAUGUACCUUAUGGUUUAUCAGCUUGUGUAUGGAGUCAAAAUGCAUCAACUUUGCAAAGAGUGUCUGGAAAACUUGAUGUAGGAACAGUUUGGUGUAAUUGCUGGAUGAUUCGAGAUUUGCGCAUGCCAUUUGGUGGAAUGAAAAUGUCAGGCUUGGGAAGAGAGGGUCAAGAUUACUCAUUUGACUUCUUUAUGGAAAAAAAAACAAUUUGCAUGCAGUUUUAAUCGAUAAAAUUUUAUUGUUUAUAUAAGUUUAAGAAAAAAAGUUUUUAUAAAAUUGAAUUAUAUUUUUACAGAAGAUUGAAAAUUUGGUUUAUGUAGAAAAAGGAAAUUUCUUAUUUUUGUUUAGUUUCUAUUUUCUUGAUUUUUAUUGUUUUUACUGUUGUUCUACUAUAUCAACGUCUUCGAAUUCAAAAAUUUUUUAUUUGAAAUUUAAUAAUUUACAUAAUCUUUACUUUCUACAUAUCUUAUAAUAUAAAUUAAUAAUUUCUAAAAAGCUAUUCAAAUUAAUGAGGAAUUAAAUUACUUAAUCAAGAAUUAGAAGUAAUAAUAAAUAAAAGGAAUAAUGAAUUUAAAAUGAUAAUUGAUCUUCAUGGUUUAACAUGGUUUUUGUUCAUUAUCUUUAAUUACGUAGCAUUAAGGGUUGUUACAUUUUGAUAAUUAAAGUAAAAUAAUAUUCUUAACAAAACUUUAUAUUGGUUAUAAAAAUUAUGUUAUGUAUAAUAAUCUUAAAAUGUAAAAAAUUUAUGGUUUGGUGUGACUAAGUAUUGUUUUUAUGAAACUUUAUUUGAAUAGCAUCAUGUUUGUUAAAUUAAAACAUUUAUUUUAGGUA